UUGACUUGGAAUGUCACAGUAUCGUUCGAUCGCGCCAUUGGUUCGCUCGUACUUUAUUGUUAUUAUUGUGCUUUGCUGAUUUUUCUGAUUUUACGGAUUCUUCUACUUGCACAUGAUUAUUUAUGAACUUAUAACUCUGACGACUUUGCUUUUUCGUACCGGUUAUUUGAUAUUGCACGUGAUUAAGACUUCGGCUUUCGGAUUACCCCGAAUUAUAAUGGCUCUCUGCGUGAAUUGUAACAUAGGUAUACAUGCUAAUCAGCAGUAUGACUAUGAUGCUUUAAGCAUGAGUCCUGAAAUAGUCUCAAUACUUGAAGAAUGGAUUACUCGGCAGGUAACUGAUGGAGAUCGCAUUUGCCAAGAAUGCAUGAACCUUAUACUCACGGAACUGAACAACAGAAAUGAGAAUAAUAUUGGUGGUCGACAGCUAGGUCAUCAAUCAGUUUGUGUUUGGUGUGGUAUAUCCAUUUCAAGAAGAACGGGCAGACGUUCUCGUCCCUUAACGGAUGAUCAUCCUGAGCGGGCUUAUGUAGCUGGCAUCAUCAGCCCCCGACAGAUUCCACCAAAUGGUCGAGCAUGUAAUGCCUGUUGGCAAAGGGCCCACAGCAAUAUUCUACAAGUCAUUGAACCACCAAGAGAGUCCCAAGAAACUAGUGACAAUGCAGAAAGUAGGUCCAGCUCUGUAGUAGCACCUAAUAAAUUCAAUCAGCCCCAAGGUCAAUUACCAAAUGCAUUAACAUCACGCCCCAAGCCUGGGUACUUACCCCAAUCUCAACAAUUUGGGUACAGGCCACCCCAACAAUUCGGGUACAGGCCACCUCAACAAUUCGGGUAUAGGCCACCUCAACCAUUUGGGUACAGGCCACCCCAACAAUUAGGAUACAGGCCACCGCCACAGUUUGGCUAUAAACCGUUGCAACCUCAGCAGUUUGGUUACAAAUCCCCCAAUAAUUCUAAUACCCCACAAAUACUAAAACCUCAAACGCAAACUACUGAUGUGUCUAUGCGAACAGCCCAACCUAAAUCGAAUGUACCACAAGGUUUCAAUUUAAAUGAAUUGUCUGCUGACGACUAUGAGCCUUAUUACAAUAACUAUUACUCUAACUAUGACGAUGACUAUUAUGGUGACUCAAAUGAAAUUAAUUAUCAUGACGAGACUCAUGUUGACUAUGAAUUACAAUCAGAAAAUGAAAUUCAGGCACUGGAUUUUCAGGAGAGUGCCUCGACGGACAAGAAAUCUUAG